UCACAAACACUGGACGUGCUGCUGGCAUUCUGUCCGUGUUUACUCAGACUGCAGGGCAGGAGUUUGACUGUGUUUAUGUUGAUUUUCUUCCUUCUUUGACGUCUUCUGUUUUUCUGCGAUGCUUUACCAAGAGAUUUGAAAUGCAAUUAUAAGUCCUCCGGUGGAAGUGGCAAACAGGGAUAAUUUACCAUCUGGAUAAUCUCCACCUUUAUUUCUGCACCUUCAUCUCUCCUUUAUCUCAGGUCUUCGUGUGCACAGCACAGACAGGAUGUCAUGGCGUCCUCAGUACCGUAGUUCCAAGUAUCGACACGUGUUUGGGAAGCCGGCCACAAAAGAGAAUUGCUAUGAUGGCGUCCCCAUCACCCGGAGUGUUCACGACAAUCACCUCUGCGCCGCCAACCCUCACUUUAUCGCAGUCAUCACUGAAUGUGCGGGGGGAGGAUCAUUCCUGGUGCUGUCCAUCCAUCACACUGGCAAAGUUGACCCUCACCACCCAAAGGUUUCUGGUCAUAGAGGCAAUGUACUUGACAUCAAAUGGAAUCCCUUUGAUGACUUCUGCAUAGCGUCUUGUUCAGAGGACGCCACAGUAAAGAUUUGGGAUAUUCCUGAACAUGGUGUUCUGAAGAACAUCACAGUGCCUUGGAAAGAGCUGCAGGGUCAUUCACGACGAGUUGGCCUCAUCGAGUGGCAUCCAACUGCCAACAACAUCAUUUUCAGUACCAGCUAUGACUACCAGGUUAUGAUAUGGAGGCUGGACGUUCCUGAACAUGUGAUCAAGAACCCUGUGCGGUCCAUCAGUGUGCAUUCAGAUGUUGUUCUGUCCAUGUCCUUCAACACAGAUGGCAGCAGACUCGCCACCUCUUGCAAGGAUAAGAAGAUCCGAGUGAUUGACCCGCGCACUGGCGCCCUUUUACAGGAGACUAACUGCAAAUUACAUAGAGCCAAUAAAGUGCUAUUUCUUGGAAACCUGAAAAUGCUUCUCUCUACGGGCAAUUCACGCUGGAACCAUCGUCAGAUUGUACUUUGGGAUCAGGAGGACCUCUCUCAGCCGUCUUAUUCAGAGGACUUGGAUGGCUCCUCCGGUGUCCUCUUCCCUUUUUAUGACCCUGACACACACAUGCUUUACAUUGCUGGAAAAGGCGACGGAAAUAUUAGAUACUAUGAAAUCAGCCCAGAGAAGCCAUAUGUGCACUAUUUGACUGAAUACCGAUCUCUUCUACCUCAGAAGGGAAUGGGUGUCAUGCCAAAGAGAGGGCUUGAUGUGUGUUCCUGUGAAGUCUUCAGAUUCUACAAACUAGUGACAAUCAAAAGUCUCAUAGAACCUCUAUCCAUGAUUGUUCCACGAAGGUCAGAGUCCUAUCAAGAGGACAUUUACCCCAUGACAGCUGGGAACAAGCCCGCCAUGACAGCAGAUGAGUGGAUCAGUGGUCUAGACAAAGGUCCCUUGAUGAUGUCUCUUAGGCCUGGAAGUAAACUGGACUCAUAUGUCGAGGUGGGCUUGAGUAAAGGCCCGACUGACUCGACGGAGACGCGCCAUUCUCGCAGUCGGCCUGGGCUGUCACAGCGGAUUCAUGAACGUCUGGAUGCCAAAGAGGAGAACGAGCGCAAAGAAUCCCGCCCUACCUUGCUGCUCCCAUCCAUAGAUGAUAACAGCAGCUCUACAACCUUUGUCAGCAACGGACAGCUAGAUUCCACGCACUGCUCGCCACCAAAAACAGAGAACGAGCUCCUACAAAUGUUUUAUAAGCAGCAGGAAGAGAUCCGAAGGUUGAGGGAGCUUCUUAACCAGAAGGAUGUGCGGAUGAAACAGUUGGAAUUGGAGAUCAAAAAUGUGAAAAACUCACAAGCCAAUCUUUGAGAGAAACUGACAAAAGCCUCGUCUUCUUCACUAACAUUCACAAAAGACCUUUCUGCCUCAUGAAUUAUGCUGCAAAGGUGUGGUCACAUUAACCAUUUCUCAGCAAAAUUUUGCGGGUGAAAUCCAGUCAUUUCAAUAGGAAUUUGCGCUAGAGGGAGUUUCGUGUGAGGAAGGAACAUUUUGUUUGUGUUGAAGUUGGUCACAGAAAAGCUGCUUUUUUGAAGGUGACUGUGUGUGAGCGGGACUUUGUGCAUUGCUACACUAUCGACAACGGACAAUGGAGCUUUUUUGCCCCCGAAAUUUCGCUAACGUGACCGCCCCUUAUGGAAACAGGCUACAUUCUCAUUACUAGUAUCUCUUUAUGAAAGUCAUUCCUUGUAUGCAUAUUUUGUGCACAUAAAUACGGUACAACCUCCAUGGUAGUUUUUUUUUUUUUUUUACACUUUAGCACUAUGCAAAAAAACAUUUUAAAUUGUGAUCAUACUUGUUUAAAUGCGUGUUUUGUUUUAUAAAUUGGGUUAUUUGUGAUUAUUUGUGAAUAUCAUGAGAUUUUUUUAUUUUCCUGAUUAAUUUUGUAUUUAAAUUUCUGUGCAAAUGGAUGAGUGAUGUGGCAAGAAAGUUUGAUAUUGGAAAUCUGAAUUGUUUUGAACAAAGGGACAAAUUUGACAAAUUCUUAACAUGAACAUUAUCGACUUAUGUUUAAGUUUUUUUUUUUUUUUUUUUUUUUUGGUGUGUGUGUGUGUUUAAAUGCUGUUAAAAAAGUUUACUAAAUGCACUGAUGAGGCACUAUUGUGGGAACUGGCUGGGGUUCACACAAUAUCUAAGGAAAGUCAAGUUUAGGUUCAGUAAUUCACUUCAAGCUCAUUCUGUACCACCUUUGCUGUGAACUGCCACCAUGAUAUUUUAACAGUUUACCGUGUGUUUCACUUAAAACCAAUCAGUUUGUUAUGUAAAUUAACAACAGUUACCCAUUAGGAGCCCCUGAUGCAAUGCUUAGUUUCACGAAUUUGGAAAAGCCAUAGUUGUUAAAAAAAUAUUUUAUUAAUGUUUUGUUUAUAUAUGGAUAUGUACAUGCACACAUCAGAAUAUGUAAUGGAAUAAGAGUUUAAAUAUGCUAUUUUAAGUGUUGUUGCUCAAAUAUUUCUCCAAAUUAUUUACUAAAUGGUGUUCAAACAGCCUCGAUUGCGGUCUCUUCUUUUUUUUAAUCCUAACACAAAUAAGUCCGAUAAUUUGGGUGGUCAGGUAAAAUAGGCCAGAUAAAGAGGCUUUCUGAGGUACAAUAAGGCAUUUACUCCAAAUAAACAUUUUUCACAGCUGA